GUUGCCUCAAUAUCGGUGACGUAGUCCACAGGUCCCUAAACCACGUUGAACUGUGUUUACAAAAUCAGCUCAGUUACGCCGAAACUGAAAUUGUAUGGCAUGCAGUGUUUUGGGUCAAGUACAGUUUUCUCGUAAACAGUCAGUAGUAGCUAGACUUCUUCAAUGGAUUGCUGUACUAAAAUCUGAAUGGACUUGUGCAACAGAUAAAUACCUUGAUAACUCACAGACAAUGUAUCACCAAGGUUUCAAUCCUCAGUUUGAGGACCAAAAUUAUAUGUAUUAUGUGCAGCAGCAAUAUCCGGCUUACAUGCAAAACUACAACAUGAAUAUGCCAAUGCAACAAAAUUUUAGACCACGCCCACGUUUUCAGGGACGUCCGCCUUUUCCUGUUGGGCGUCGACCUGAACAGAGGCAUUGGCAGCAACAGGACAAUUAUUCAAGUGUUCGUGACCAUAUAAGACAAGAUAUAAUUAAUCAGCUAAAUAUUGAAAUAGGGGAUGAUGACCUGCAUAAUAAUUCAAACUACACAGCUUUAAAUUCCUCUAAAAAGAGAAAAUCAGAUGAUGAUGACUCACCAAGUAAAAGUAAGAGAUCUAAACAAGAUUACGUACUCAGGAUACCACCAACUCCUAAGUCUUCAUCAAACUCACAGAUAACACAAGCUAUGAUAGAAUACUUUGUUGAGAAUCAUCAAACAGAGGAAAUGUACAUGAAGAAAGUCAAAUUAAGAGAUGCUCUCUACAGUAUAUUAAAUGGAGUGUUACCACAUUGUGGUUUAUAUAUUGUUGGUUCCUCUAUGAGUGGCUGUGGGACAAUGACAUCAGAUAUGGAUCUAUGUCUUAUGAUCACAGACCAACCAAUAGAACAAGCCAAAGAGGCACCAGAAUUAUUAUAUCUCAUCCAGAGGUCUUUCAGUAAAUGUUCAUUCCUAAACAGAUCUAUGGUGAUAAGAGCCAAAGUUCCCAUUCUCAGGUUUACUGACACAAUAAGUCAAGUAGAAUGUGAUUUAAAUGUAAACAAUAGUGUAGGAAUCAGGAAUACACAUCUUAUCAAGUAUUAUUGUAUGUUGGAUUGGCGAAUACGUCCAUUAAUGCUAUACAUUAAGAUGUGGUCUCGUUUCCAUGACAUUAAUGAUGCCAGGAAGAUGACAAUAUCUAGUUAUUCUCUCUGUCUCAUGGUUAUUCACUACUUACAAUUUGGAUGUAAACCACAAGUUCUGCCAUCACUACAAAAACUUUAUCCUGAUAUUUUCCAUUCAGAGUCUGAUAUAACAGCAUUAAGAUUUGAUCACCAGCUGAAGUAUAAAAGUAAAAAUGACCAGACUCUAGGAGAUCUUUUUUUAGGGUUUCUGGAAUAUUACACAAAUAAUUUUGCUUUUGAUACUCAAUUGAUGAGCGUGAGAACAGGAACAAGAAUGCAGAAAUACAUGGCCAUAGGCCAGACAAACGAUAAAAACCAAUGGAAGUGCCUAAAUAUAGAAGAACCUUUUGAUCUCACUAAUACUGCCAGAAGUUGUUAUGAUGAACACACAUUUGAGAGGAUUAAGAGAGUGAUCAGACUUAGCUAUCAAAGACUUUCAAGGUCACGAGAUGUCAAGGUCAUCCUAACAAGUCCCUUCUAAUUGGUCAAGAUAACAGUAACUUUUAAAGCUAUUGGCCAACAGAUUGUGGAUAGGACUGUUCAAGACAAAAGGAAGUUUUAAUGUUAUUUGGCAGCAGAUUGUGGAUAGGAUCUAUCUAUUGACUACCAAACACAGAUGGUGAUACUUUGAAGAAAGAAUAGAAUGUGCAGAACAUGUUUUCAUUGAGAGAUUGUCUCAUCCACGCUAACUUGUCAUUCUGUAAACAGGAUAUGUGAUUAAACAAACAAAUACUUAUACAACAAGAGAUUGUACAAGGAGCUUUAUUCAAAAGUCAGAUAGAUGUAAAACAUGUUACUUAAAGAAAGAACAACGUAAUAUUGUCUUUAAAAUCUAGUGAUUAUAUUAAUGAAUAAGUGUUAAAAGUAUAACUGAAUAUUUGAUUGACACAUGUUGAUGGCUGAUGCAUUUAGUUGAAAAGAUACAUUUGAAAAUUUGAUGUUAAAAUAUGUAGUCAUUAUAUAUUAGCUGACCCGGCUCAACGGGCUAGUAUGAGUUAUUGCACACACUUAACAUCUGUCGUCUGUUAUGUUUUACAAAACUGUUCUCUGAAAUUAGUAGGCCAAUGGCAACCAAACUUUGCACAAUCGUCCAUUGUGUCUUGUUUUAAAAAUUGUGUCUGCUGAACCCACAAUCCAUCCAACAUAGCCAUCAUUUCUAAAUUUUAAACAUACAGGUAUAAUGCAAAUAAUCAUUUACCGCUGGUAUCUUGAAAACUAUAGAUAAAAAUCUGACCAAAAAUGUAAGACAACUCCCAUCGUGAGUUACUGCCCUUAAAUGACAAUUUUUCUUUUGAUAGAAAAUUUGAAUUGCAAAAAUUAGUAAAAUAGAUGUUCAAAUAAGUCAACAUGGCAGAAUUGGGCGGUUGACUUCUUGUCUUUAAAUGAUGUAUUUUACAAUUUUUUCCAUUUUUGUGUAAAAUCUUGAAGACUAAUAGAUAAAGGGUUAUCUUUAUAGCUAUUAAAAUUGUUCACCAAGAAAAAUCUACUGUAACCUCAACAUGGCUGUAAUUAAGUUGAUAAUAUAUAGGAGUUAUUGCCUUUCGAUUUCAAAUUUGACCCAUUUUCUGCAUUUUUGGCUUUAAUCUGGAAAAUUAUAAUAGACGGAGAGAAACUUUAAAUGGCAAAAAUGACCAACUGAAAAUAGGUCAACAAGGCAAAAAUUGUCAGUUGUCUCCUUUAGUUUAAUAUAGAAGUUAUUGCCCUUCAAUAAAGAUUUUAAUCAUUUUUUUCAACUUUGUCAAAUCUAAUGCUGUCAAAAAGAAAUUGUAAACAAUAAAAAUUACCAGCAAAACAAGAUCUACAAAUAAAGUCAACAUGGUUAAAUUCCAUAGUUGACUCAUUUUAAGGCUAAUCACCCUUAGAUAAAGAGGUUAACACAGUUUUGUGUUUUAGAUGUAAACUAUUAGGAGAUGAAGCAAAAUUGUUAACAGCAAAAAUUCUUCCUCAUUCCUAAAUCACAGUGUUCACACAUUUUUAAUUUUUUGCCUUUUUUCUUGAAAAAUAAUAAUGGUUAGACAAAACCUUUAUCUGGCCCAAAAAAAAUAACAAGACGAUAUUUUGGACUGCAUGAGUUUAUGUUCUAGACAAAAAUUCUUAAUGCACUGUAUCAUUGUAUCAGUUUUAUGGAAAAGUUCCAGGGAAGCAAUACAGACUCUAUGGAGCCCUUACUUAAAUUCUACUUAAGCAGUUAAAUGAUAUAAAUUCCAAUCAAGUAAAUAAUAUGUAUAUUUAUCAAUAGAAUAGUACAUUAAUGAUACUGAAAGCUAUAUCGUUUGAAAAUUUUGGUGGAGUCCAAAUUUUGUCCUUGAAAAAGAUUUUAUGAAAGCUCAUAAGCUUAGAAAAUUUUUACUUAGCAAUGGUAAAAAAGUAUUGUUCUGCAUUUGGUGUGAUAUUUAUUGGUUAUAUACAUGAUAAUAUUACAGUUGUGAUAAUGUGUUUUGAUAUGUACAGAGAGCAUUUGAUAAAAAUAAACUUAUUUUCUAAAAACAGUACAAA